AUGGCGGUUUGUACUUCAAUAUUGCUAAUUUCUCUUCUUUUCUUUUUUCUAUCCCAGUCAGUUCUCUCUGUAGUUGAUAGCAUCACUCAAUUCCGAUCCCUUAGUGAUGGCGGAACUUUGGUUUCUAAAGAAGGAAGCUUUGAGCUUGGUUUCUUCACUCCAGACAAUUCAGAGAAUCGUUACGUUGGAAUUUGGUACAAGAACAUCCCAGUUCAAACUGUCGUUUGGGUUGCAAACCGCUGCAACUCGAUUAAUGAUUCCUCUGGCUUGCUCACCAUAAACGGCACAGGUAAUCUUGUGCUUUUGUAUCAGAAUAAGAGUGUUGUGUGGUCGACGAGCUCAUCGAUACAAGCCCGGAAACCAAUAGUGGAGCUUCUAGAUUCCGGAAAUCUUGUACUUAGAGAUGAGGAAGAUGGAAACUCAGAGAACUAUUUAUGGCAAAGCUUUGACUAUCCUUCGGAUACAUUGCUGCCAGACAUGAAAAUGGGGUGGGAUUUGAGGAUAGGCCUUAAGCGGCGUCUCUCAGCGUGGAAGAGUUGGGAUGACCCUUGUCCUGGAGAUUUCACUUAUGGGUUUGAGUUUGAUCCACAACUUCAUACAUUCCCCGAAGCUUAUAUACGAAAGGGCACCGCAAAGUUCUACCGCACCGGACCUUGGAAUGGCCUUCGUCUUAGUGGCUCACCGGAACUAAGGUCAAACCCGCUCUAUGGUUUCGACUUUGUUUAUAAUAACGAUGAGAUGUAUUACAUAUACAACCUCAUGAGUAAGUCUGUGAUCUCAAGAAUAGUCCUGAAUCAAACCACCAGUUUUCGUCAGCGCCUUACAUGGAUAGAGGCAGAUCAAACUUGGAGGAUUUACGCAUCAGUGCCUAGAGACGACUGUGACAAGUACGGUGUCUGCGGAGCGAAUGCGAAUUGUAUGGUAAACGAAAAUCCUAUCUGUCAAUGCCUAGGAGGAUUCAAGCCCAAGUCUCAAGAGAAAUGGAAUCUAAUGGACUGGUCUGAAGGAUGUGCAAGGAACAUUCCACUGAACUGCCUGGAGAAAGAUAAAGAUGGCUUUAUCAAAUUUUCGGGGUUGAAAGUGCCCGAUACAACACAUUCUUGGGUGAAUAAGAGUAUGAAUCUAAAGGAAUGCAGGGCCAAAUGUUUAAGCAACUGUUCUUGUAUGGCUUAUACAAAUUCUGAUAUCAGAGGAAAAGGAAGUGGUUGUGUCAUCUGGUUUGGGGAUAUGAAAGAUAUUAGGCAAUUUCCCAUUGGUGGACAAUAUCUAUUUAUUCGCAUGCCACAUUCAGAGCUAACUGAUAGUAAGAUGAGAGCAGUGCUGAUAGUGGCUGCUGCCAUUGGUGGUUUUUCUGGGUUGCUCCUACUUGGCUAUUUCAUUUGGAGGAGAGCCUCAAAAGACAAAACAGAUGGAAAUGAAACAGUAAGUCGUAAUGGAGACCAAGACGAAGACCUGGAACUACCAUUGUUUGAUCAGUCUUCUAUAACUGCUGCAACUGAAAAUUUUUCAGCAGACAAUAAGCUUGGGGAAGGUGGCUUCGGACCAGUAUACAGAGGUAAGCUAGAAGAUGGCCAAGAAAUUGCAGUAAAGAGGCUAUCAAUAAGUUCUGGGCAAGGAGUGAGAGAGCUAAAAAAUGAAGUAAAACUAAUUGCCAAGCUUCAACAUCGAAAUCUUGUGAAGCUUCUUGGUUGUUGUAUUCAGGGAGAAGAGAAAUUGCUGAUAUAUGAAUAUAUGCCGAACAGAAGCCUUGACUUUUUCAUUUUUGAUCAGACCCAAGGAAAACUACUAGAAUGGUCAAAGCGCUUCCAAAUCAUAUGCGGAAUUGCUCGAGGACUUCAAUAUCUUCACCAGGAUUCUAGAUUGAGAGUAAUACAUAGAGAUCUCAAAGCUAGUAAUAUUUUACUUGACAAUGAGAUGAAUCCUAAAAUUUCAGACUUUGGCUUGGCAAGAACUUUUGGAGGAGAUCAGACAGAAGGACAGACAAGCAAAGUAAUUGGAACCUAUGGCUAUAUGGCACCGGAAUACGCAUUCGAUGGCUUAUUCUCAAUAAAGUCGGAUGUCUUUAGUUUUGGUAUAUUGGUGUUGGAGAUUGUAAGUGGAAAUAAAAGCAGAGGCUUUCACCAAGAAAAUCAAGGUUUCACCCUCAUUGGACAUGCAUGGAUAUUGCAUAAAGAGGGCAGUUCAUUUGGAUUGCUUGAUAAGCACUUAAGGGAAUCGGACCACAAUCUAAAACAAGUGUUGCGUUGCAUUCAUGUCGGUCUCUUAUGCGUGCAACAAAGUCCGGUGGAUAGACCAAAUAUGUCAUCUGUGGCUGUGAUGUUGGGAAGUGACAGUGAGCUGCCUCAACCCAAACCACCCGGCUAUUUCACAGAGACGGGUGCAGUGAAAAGAGACAGUUCCUCCACAAAGCCCGACUCAUCUUCAACGAAUGAUAUGAGCAUUUCACUUCUCGAGGCUCGAUGAGACUUAAGUAUAGUUACAGCAAAUUUAUACCUACUCCAACAACAACUAACGAGCCUCAGGAGUUUCAAGUACUUUUUUGGAGAGUCAAGAGUAUGUAGUAUAGCUUAAACAAGUUGUGUGAAAUAGUUUUAUUGGAUGGCAUAUACGAGAGUGGUGAAAACUUCUUUGUCAAUUACCAAACCACCAUUAUACCCUUAGCCAAUUGAACAGAAAGAGAAUUGGUUGAUGCAUUAUUAUACAAAAGUACGAAAAAUAUUUUAUGCAUC